AGAGACUUUAGUCUAAAUCCGUCGUACGACCAACGCGACAACGGCGCCUAUGUUUUUUUUAAAAUUUUUUUUUUUAAGAAGUCUACUAAAGCGUAUAGAACUCAAACUAAUCCUGAGUAGUAGUGUAUGUCAUGGACGAGCUGCAGUGUUUGGCGCCCCAGUUAUGCAUCCGGUGCAAGUUAAACAGUCACGUUGUUUCCAACACCGACGCUUGCACGUGUCCCAACGAAGAGGAAUGUGUACACAACAAGAUGAAGCUUAAAAAAAAGACAAGUCCGACGAUAGUCAUUAAUAAUCGAUUGUGUGAAAAUAUUAACGAUGAAACUGACGACGAGGAAUCUGACUUGUCUAGUAGUACGUCUAGUAGUUCCAGUAGCUCGUCGGUGUCUUUAUGAACUAUUAUGCGUUUAA